AUGAACGGCCUUAGAGAGAAGUUUGCUCAAUGCAAAUUUGAAAAAAGACCUGCUUUUAUUUCCUAUGUCACCGCAGGAUUCCCAAAGCCAUCGGACACUGUUGAUAUCCUUUUAGCCCUUGAGGCAGGCGGCUCAGACAUAAUCGAACUAGGCCUUGUGUUCAGAGACCCUUACGCAGAUGGCCCAACAAUACAAAAAGCUAAUACCAUUGCUAUUCAAAAUGGGGUAACUCUAACUUCUAGUCUUGAACUGAUACGAACUGCCAGAUCUAAGGGAUUAAAAAUACCAGUAAUUUUCAUGGGAUAUUGGAACGUACUUCUCAGUUACAUGGACAAGUUCGGAGGUGAAAAGCUAAUGACUGACUGUCGUGAGGCUGGAAUCAACGGUUUUAUCAUCGUCGACCUGCCUCCAGAAGAAGCUGUGAGCUUUCGUAACUUUGCCACACAAGGAGGAUUAUCUUACGUUCCCUUGAUUGCGCCAUCAACUACACCUGACCGUAUAGAAUUUCUCUGUAAACUUGCAGACUCUUUUGUAUAUGUCGUCUCACGUAUGGGUGUUACUGGCGCAAAUGGUAAUCUGAAUCCUGAGCUCCCCAAGUUUCUCGAACAGGUAAAGAAAGCGUCUGGCGGUGUUCCAACUGCUGUUGGCUUCGGUGUCAGCACCAGAGAACAUUUUAAGUUUGUUGCAGAAGUUGCCGAUGGGGUAGUCAUUGGUAGUCAGAUCAUUAACAUUCUUCUCAAAUCGUUAGUAGGGGAGGGUCCCAAAAAUGUUCAGGAAUACUGUGCAGAAGUCUGUGACUUGCACUCAAGGACGAAAUCAACAUUCAACCAAUACGAGCCACCAGCUGGUAAUGCUUCUAGUCCAGACAGUAUUAUAAAACAGAUCGAGAAUUUAAAUACUGAAGACCCGCUUAUCCAAGCCUCGCGAUUUGGCGAGUUUGGUGGUCAGUAUGUACCUGAAAUCCUGAUAAGAUGCCUUUCAGAACUAGAAACGGGAUUCAAUCUCAUCAAGGACGACAAAAAGUUUUGGGACGAAUACAAAUCAUAUUACCCAUGGAUGGGAAGACCUGGUCAAUUGCACAAAGCUGAAGGGCUCACUGAAUACGCAGGUGGCGCCAACAUCUGGUUGAAAAGAGAAGACUUGAACCAUACAGGAAGUCAUAAGAUUAACAAUGCACUUGGUCAGAUCUUGCUAGCUCGAAGUUUAGGAAAGUCCGAGAUCAUCGCCGAAACAGGAGCUGGACAGCAUGGAGUAGCUACGGCCACAGUUUGUGCGAAAUUCGGUAUGAAAUGUACUAUAUACAUGGGAGCAGAAGAUGUCCGACGCCAAGCUCUUAAUGUCUUCCGCAUCAAGCUCCUGGGUGCCGAGGUUGUUGCGGUAGAGAGUGGUUCUCGUACGCUGCGUGAUGCUGUCAAUGAAGCUAUGCGCGCAUGGGUAGAAAAAUUAGACACCACGCACUAUAUUAUUGGAUCUGCCAUUGGACCGCAUCCCUUUCCAACAAUUGUGCGCACAUUUCAAUCUGUUAUAGGUAAAGAAACCAAGGAGCAAAUGCUCGAGAAGUGUGGAAAACUACCAGACGCUGUUGUCGCUUGUGUCGGAGGUGGAAGCAAUGCUUCUGGAAUGUUUCAUCCAUUUUCCAAAGACUUGAGCGUUAAAUUGCUUGGUGUGGAGGCUGGUGGUGAUGGAAUUGACACACCCAAGCACUCAGCGACCCUUACCGGCGGAACUAAAGGGGUCUUCCAUGGUGUUCGAACUUAUGUUCUUCAAGAUGUUCAUGGUCAGAUAUCUGAUACCCAUUCUGUCUCAGCUGGACUCGACUAUCCCGGAGUAGGGCCUGAACUUGCAUUUUGGAAAGAUAGCGGUCGAGCGGAAUUUAUUGCAGCUACUGAUGCAGAAGCGUUCAUUGGUCUCAGACUUCUUACCGAGAAAGAGGGAAUAAUACCUGCACUCGAAACAAGUCAUGCAAUUUUUGGCGCAAUUGAGUUGGCCAAAAAAAUGGAUAAAGACAAAAAUAUUGUGAUAUGUAUCAGUGGACGUGGGGACAAGGACGUUCAAAGUAUAGCAGACGAGCUGCCUACCAUUGGACCGCUAAUAGGCUGGGACUUGAGGUUUCAAAAGUAG